AUGGACACUUCUAACCCCUCCUUUCUGUGCAUCUACCAAUAUCCUGCCGUCCUGCGGAAGCUCGAGUCCGCGGCCGGACCACGUCUAUCGCGAACGGUAGCGGUUGCUCCUCUGCGCGCAUUCCUCGAAAAUUGCAUUCGCCGUGGCUCGGAAGGCUCGCUGCGCCUUGAAGACUUCUCGGCGCACCCGCGUCUUAUGCCUAGCCUUCACCUCGUCAUCUGCAUGAUGGAGGCCCAAAUGCGUCAGGCUAAUGAUUGGUCGGAAUGGUUGACUGCCAUCGGUGUCUUGUUUCGAAUCAACGCUGCCGGCGCCCUUCAGCAGUCCAUUCACGGACGGCCGCGCGAUGUUGACGAAGGCGUGCAAGACAUUUCAUCUCUCACGGUGCCUACAACGCGUCUGGCCGACUUUUUGUACGAUUCCCGGCAUUCACCUCGGUUCCACGCGGCCUGGGAGGAGGUUCACCAGUUCACGUUCAGCGUGAUCAACACGCUCCAGAUAAUCCAGAGCACGAUGUACGGCUCGGCCAUCAGCGCCGAUGCGUUCUGGCUGCGUGUCCGAAACAGCGAAGGGUGGGCUGGCAACGCGUACCUCGGUCUCGCGUACACCGCCUUUUGGAGGACUGAGUUGCCCCGUGUCGCUGCGAGUAGGAGCCUCCGCUCUGUCCUCUCCACCGCCGAGGCGCUUGCGUUUCCGGAUGUCGCCGUCUUCUUCCAGGCUGAGGAGAUCCAGGCGAUGCGGAGGCGGGGUUUCAACGGCGCCAGUCCUCCGCCCUUCGGCGAUGUGCAGUUGCAUGCGCUUCGUCCCCUACACUUUGAUUGGCCUGAGAUCAAGCGGGCGUGCUCUAACGUCGUUUGUUUCAGGCCGCCCGCUGCCGAGGCACUGCCACACUGCAACAAGUGUGGCCGUGCGUUCUAUUGUUCUGCGGAAUGUCAAUUGGUGUACGGCAUUGACUACUUAUCCGCGAGACAACACUAA